CGAGACAAUAUUGAGUGUAUAUAUGUCUAGAUUCAGAAAUUAAAUACCUAUAUUGGAGUAUUCAUUCCUUCAUUCUCCUUCAUUGUACGUAUUGUUAAAGAAAAAUAUCAAAAGUCAAUAGAAAUGAAGAUUGCAAGUAAAUGAAAUGAAAACUCUGACAUUAUUGUGAUAAAGCCACACUCUGCGGUCCACGUCAUCAUCUUCAACCUCUUUCCCGCAACAACUCUCUCUCUCUCGGCGAGAUCUUCCUCUCUGGAUUUCUUGUUGAAGAUGCGACGCUCUGCAAACAAGAAAACGGGUCAAUCCAAUUCCAUUCCUUCCGUCAAUUCCUCCGCAGCGGAUCUCUUCCGCUCCGCUUCUAGUAAAGCAAGCUCAAAGGAAUUGGAACGGAUCGAUAGUCUAUUUUAUGCAUAUGCCAAUGGAUCUUCUGGGUCGAUUGACCCAGAAGGAAUUGAAGCACUUUGUGCUGAUAUGGAGGUGGACCAUACUGAUUUGAGGAUUCUGAUGCUUGCGUGGAAAAUGAAAGCUGAGGAGCAAGGAUAUUUUACCUUGGAUGAAUGGAGAAGAGGCUUAAAAGCACUAAGGGCUGAUACAGUAAGUAAAUUGAAGAAGGCACUUCCGGACCUAGAAAAGGAGGUCAGGAGGCCAUCAAAUUUUGCAGAUUUCUAUUCUUAUGCUUUCCAAUAUUGUCUAACGGAGGAGAAACAGAAAAGCAUUGAUAUAGAGAGCAUUUGUGAAUUACUUACUCUUGUUUUGAGUUCAACAUUUCCAGCCCAAGUCAGCUUAUUUGUGGAAUAUUUGAAGAAUCAAAAUGAUUACAAGGUCGUAAACAUGGAUCAGUGGAUGGGAUUUUUCCGGUUUUGCAACGAGAUAAGUUUUCCGUCGCUUGAUAACUAUGAUCCCGAACUUGCGUGGCCCUUAAUUCUGGAUAAUUUCGUUGAAUGGUUGCGAGAAAAACAAAAAUAAUCUGAUAUCUUUCAGCCAUCUGAUUCUCUGUAGCGUGCAAUCACAGUUUGUUGGCAGCACUCCUUUGAGCAAGAGAAGCUGUCGGAUUACCAAAUCAGAUGGGUGCCUUGUGGCAAGUUAUAUUGUUCUUCUGUUGGCCUAGUUUCUUAAUGGGCAUUCGAAAAUAUAAACUAUUGUUACUUCUAUUAAAAAAAUUGUUUAAUGUUAUAGAUGCAGCAGUUGAGGUUAGAUACAAGCUUGUACUAUGUAAUCAUUACCAAUACCAACAUCAUAUAUUCAAUUCAUAGCAUUCACCUAAAGAGUUUUUAUGCAGUUAUGCUUCUAGUAGUUUGAGAAGUAAAUGGGAGGAAAAUUGAACUAAAUUGAGACCAGUCUUAGAGCAUUCCAUUUGCAACUUUAAAUGUAAUUUUGUAAUGAAAAAGUGAGCUUACAUCA